AUGCCUUCUGUAUUGGUUGCCGUUGCUAACGACUCGGAAGAGAUCGAGUUCAACGCUACAGUCGAUGUGCUGGCCCGUGGUGGUUGUGAUGUCACAGUUGCCUGUCCCGGUCGCGAUCGCAACGUGAAGCUCAGUAGGGGUGUUCAUGUUGUUGCAGAUAAGACUCUUGAGGAGGUCUCCGAGAUGCAGUUCGAUCUGAUCGCUUGCCCUGGUGGCAUGCCUGGCGCCCAGCACCUUGGAAGUGAUGCGUUCCUCUGCACUAUGCUCAGGACCCAGCAUACCGAGGGGAAGUGGGUAGCUGCCAUCUGUGCCUCGCCAGCGGUCGUUCUUGCCCCCAAUGGUAUCCUCGAUGACGUCGAGAAAUGCACAUGCUAUGACGCGCCUGUAUUCCGCAAUGUCAUCAGCAAGAAGCUCAGCCCUGAACGCGUCGUUGUCUCGAACAAGGUUAUCACCAGUAUCGGACCCGGUUCGGCUAUCGAGUUCGGCCUAGAAUGCGUAGCUCAGCUGCAGGGUCGUGACAAGGCGGUCUCUGUCGCUAAGGCUCUGCUCGUAACUCCAGAUGUCAUUGAGCGCCUAGGAGCUGCUGGCAAGCUCUAA